AGCUUGAACAAAAAACAAUCUCCGGCGUUUGAGAUUCUUCCGAGGGGAUCUUAGAAUUUUUCCGGCGCUGGAAUUAAUUCCGAUCCAAUAAAAAUACGAUGACGGAGAGCAAUUGGCGGCGAAGAGAGCUUGCAUUUCUGAUUGUUUAUGCCGUUGCCUUCUACGCUUUUGUCAUCCGUCGCUCUCUCCAACUCUCCCAUGAUUACUAUACCAAGCUUUAUGGUUUACGUCCUGGCUGGAUCGCUAAUCGCCUAAAUGAUGCCUCUGAUGCCCAGUGGAGGAACUUUCGAGGGAAUCUACAAAUUCUUACUGUAGUUUUUGGAAUUUUUACACUUGUAGCUAAUGUAUUGAGAACCUACUGUUGUUUAAGGGCGAAAGGCAUGGCAUAUGUUUGGCUCCUAAUUUCUUUGGCAUACUUGUCAUAUCUACACGGAGCUUGCAUCAUAUUUAUUCUCACCAUUGCUUCAGCCAAUUUUUUGCUUGUCAAGAUAUUUGGCAGGACAAAAUAUUUCUCGUACUUGCUUUGGACUUUCAAUUUAUCAUUUCUGGUCUGUAAUCGUGUAUAUGGAGGAUAUCAAUUCUCCAGUUUUGGGCAACAUUGGGCUUUCCUGGACAACUUUCGUGGUACCUUUAGAUGGCAUAUCUGCUUUAACUUUGUUGUAUUGCGCAUGAUAAGCUAUGGUUAUGACUACCACUGGAUGGACCAAAAUAAUCGAUUUGAUCAAGAGAAGCACAUCCAACGUUGCAGUACUUGUACAUCCGGAAAGAUAUGCUAUAUGUCAUUACAGGAGAGAAGUGUACAGAAUGACAAAUUCUCUUUUGCUGUGUACUUGUGUUAUCUGGUGUAUGCACCUCUUUAUAUUGCUGGACCAAUUAUUAGCUUUAAUGCAUUUGCUUCACAGUUGGAUACUCCUCAAAAGAAUUACUCAUCUAAACAAGUGGUAUGGUAUGGAUUCCGGUGGAUUCUAAGCCUUUUCCUGAUGGAACUAAUGACACAUUUCUUUUACUACAAUGCUUUUGCCAUCAGUGGUGUGUGGAAACAGUUAACUCCUAUGGACAACUUUAUCAUUGGUUACGGGGUCCUUAACUUCAUGUGGCUGAAAUUCUUUCUCCUGUGGCGAUAUUUUCGAUUCUGGUCACUGAUCAGUGGCAUUGAGGCCCCUGAGAAUAUGCCAAGGUGCUUAAAUAAUUGUUACAAUCUUGAGACUUUUUGGAAAAAUUGGCAUGCUUCCUACAACAAAUGGCUUGUGAGGUAUAUGUAUAUUCCCCUUGGAGGUGCUCAAAGAAAGCUGCUAAAUGUUUGGGUUGUCUUCACGUUUGUAGCCAUAUGGCAUGAUUUAGAGUGGAAACUUCUUUCCUGGGCAUGGUUGACUUGUCUAUUCUUCAUACCAGAGAUUCUUGUUAAGUCAGCAGCUAACACUUUUAAGGUGCAGAGUGUUUUUGAGGAAUUCUUGUUACGCGAACUUAAUGCAGUUGCUGGUGCUGUUACCAUCACUUGUCUCAUGGUGGCGAAUCUUGUUGGAUUUGUCAUUGGGCCAUCAGGCAUUAAUUGGUUGAUUUCUGGGUUUCUCUGUAAAGAAGGAUUACCUACAGUUGGUGGCAUGCUCAUUAGCUUCUAUAUUGGGACCAAGCUUAUGUUCCACAUCUCUGAUUCUCAGCAAAAGCGGCUUAAAAAGUCGACAAUGUAAAGGUUAAAUUCUUGCCCAUGAUAAAAUUUCUGAUGUUCUACUGCCAAAUGUUGGUAUCAAAGUUUGGUUUCUCUGGGAAGGGGAGUUUUAGGUAGAGAGAAGCUGGGAAGGGUUGUCGGGCCAUCAUUGUGAGAAGUCAGUAACCUAGCACUGUGAAAGAACAUUCCCUGGUCUAUUCAUCAUGAAGGCGAACAAACUCUUCCUAGUGUUAUAGCAGAUGAUAACUACCUUGUACGAGAUGUCUUUACAGUUGACGCUUUUUGGUGUCUGAAAGCUGAUUAGACAAAGCUGUUUGCCUGCCUUGAUGUUGUCCGGUCGAUAUUAUAUUGACCAGUUCCAUUCUGCUUGUACUUGGAUAGAAACGUGAGCCUUCGCAUCCUACUGUAUUUUAUUGGGGUCGGUUCACAUUUAUACUAAUCUGUCCAGGUUUUUUUUGGGUUU